CAAGCAUAUAAGAAGAUACAAAUCGAAUUGGAGCCUUUACUAGAAGGAAAAACUGUACCGUUCUCAGCUGGUGAAAGUUAGCGCAAUUGGAGUUUUAGAGACAGUUGUUUUGGGGAUAAUGGUUAUGACGAAAUGUUUUCUUUGUUUCCCACAGGAUAUCAAACUUCAUAUCAUGCAGACUCUGUUGGAGACGGAACAGUUCUACGUGUACUCGCUGGAAACCCUUGUCAAUGGCUACAUGAGGAAGCUGAAGAGCCCGGAGUACGCUCACCUGUGCGGUGAUCCUGGAACGGUAGACGUCAUGUUCUACAAACUCCCAGAGAUACUCAACACUCACGAGAACUUGCUUCAGCAACUCAAGAUGCGCAUCAACCACUGGCACGACACGCAGAAGAUUGGUGACAUCAUCAGUGCAUCGAUGGCAAAGCAGCCUGUACUUGACACAUACACUGCCUUCACCAAUAACUUCAAUCGUGCCAAAGAAUUAAUCAGCAAAGCCUCCGCCAAGCCAGCUUUCUACAAGUUUCUUGAGGAGAGAACUAAGGAGCACAAGGAGAGAUUGAAUCUAGACGACCUCAUCAUUCAACCUAUUCAGAGAAUUCCAAGAUAUGAAUUACUGCUCAAAGAGUUGAUAGACAAAACCCCAGAAGACCACCCUGAUCAGGAGAGUCUACAGCAGGCUCUCAACACGGUCAAGACCCUAGCCACGGCCAUCGAUGAGAGCAAGAACGUCGCAGACAAGGCCAUCAAGGACGAGCAGGCGUUACGAGGCCUGGAGGGAAUGAUCGAUGGACAUGUAGAGCUGGUAUCACCUCAUAGGAAGUUCAUUCGCCAGUUAGGGGUCAUUGAUCAAAAAGGUGCCAGGAAAGACCGAUGGUUAUUUCUCUUUUCUGAUCUCCUGCUUUGUGCUUCGGUCAAACGUCGAGCUGGUGGAAUCAGAAGGCCCUCAAUAUCAGCUCUCUCCCCUGCAACGCUACCGGUGGAGGCCGGCAAAUACAAGCUGGCGUGGAAACUGCUCUUGGAGGAUGUUGAGAUUGUCAAGUCUCCGGCGAGUACGCAGCAAGCUAACCAGGAGCGAGACGUUAGCAAACUGGAGGAAGAUCUGUCUAUUCUGAGCCGGAUCACAGGAUUAACGGAAACACUAUCAUCCCCACAUCAGGGUCUGGAUGAAGUUCUGAAGGAGCUGACAGAGACAGUCAACAAGCGUCUCGCUGAGCGCCAAGCAUUACCCGCACCACCCACUGCCUUACUCAGUAAAUUGGAACUCACUGCAACUACACAUGAGGGAAUCGAGAACUUCGUUCUAUUCUUGUCCAGCCAGGAGGCUCGACAGACAUUUGAGAAUGACUUUGCAGAGGCCAAGAAGAAAUUAGCGGCUCGUUCCAAGGACCAUUUCCCACCAGUGUUCCUCUAUCCGAUACCCAUAAUGAAGACCCGGAGUGGAAUGCAGUUCUCAUGUGCAGCACCCAGCUUGGGAACGAUGAGCAACUCACUACGGGAUGUGUGGGUGUGUAAUAGCGAUGGCUAUGUUGGCCAGGUGUGUCUACUUAGUUUGACCCCUGAGCCCACCGUUGCCUUCUGUAUAUCAGUGUGUUCAGCUCGUAUCUUGUGUAUUGCUCCUGUGCCUGGUGCUCAGGACAUGCACACAUUAAGGUCCCAUCUACGCGUUCCAAAACUUCCACUGGACUCCGGCCAAGGUCGGACGCUACAGUUCGUUGGGGAGACGCCCAACCAGUGCAGUAUGCCGGCAGUGGCUAUGAACCAACAAGCCAGUGAAAUCAUGGCGUUUGAUACGGACGAUAGUGAGGAGGAGGAAGAGGUGAUUUCUCCAGGGACUGGAAUCGCUCCGGAGAUCAGACUACAAGUAGACGAUGUACCAAUGGAGGAAGCUAGCUCAGAGGAAGACGUGGACAGAAUAUCAGCCAAUAGUAAUCCAGACGACAUGUCAUCUAGAGAAGAUCUGGAGGUAUUACAACCCACUAUGUGGCUGGGUACAGAAGAUGGAUGUAUUCAUAUCUACCAGUGUACGGACAACAUCCGAACGCGUAAGAGCAGAACAAAGAUCCGCCAUCCCGCCGCCGUGCAGUGCAUUCUGUACCUUGACAACAAGGUCUUUGUGUCCCUAGCGAACGGGGACCUUACUGUGUACAGAAGAGAACCAGGUCAUGCCUGGGACACAAAGAACCCAUUGACAGUGACCCUCGGGAGUAGCACCACCCCCAUCAGCAAAAUGGUAUCUGUCUGCAGUAAACUGUGGUGUGGCUGUCAGAAUAACAUUCUAGUGGUUGAUCCCAAUACACUCAAUGUUGAGCAUCAAUUCUCAGUGAACAACGACUCCCAGAAGACUGUGCAUUGUAUUGUGAGUAGCGGCUUGGGUGUGUGGGUGUCGCUACAGGCUACAGCAGUCGUCAGGCUCUACCAUGCUGCCACAUGCGAGAACUUGUGCGACGUUGACGUAACGCAGACCGUCUAUAAGAUGUUAGCUGGCUCUGAUGCUAUAAUCAGGCAACACAAAGCAGCCUGCCUCCGAAUCACUGCACUCCUAAUCUGCAAGGAGCUACUAUGGGUGGGGACCAGCGCAGGAGUGGUCCUGACCCUGCCCCAUCCCAAGAUCACCACCACGACAACCUCCGCCCGUGACAUUGCCGUCCCAAAUGGCUCCGGUCAGGGUCACACAGGACAUGUAAGAUUCUUAACAGCCGUUGAUAUCCCAUCAGGGAAGGCCACAGCCUCUCAUAGGAAGAUCAGCGAACAGGUGUUUGAACGACCAAAAGGUUUAGCCCCUCCGGAUUUAGAACACCGACGAGCAUCCGCCACGGCCGCCAUUGUGUCGAGUAUGAUGGUUAUAAGUGGUGGGGACGGGUACGAGGACUUUAGUGCAACUACUCCCAACGAAGCGGCGGGCAAAGACGACAGUACGAACCACUUAUUAUUGUGGCAAGUCUGAAGGAAUGGGCAGCGACGCUGAAGGCCUAUGUUCAUCAAGCCUGUAUUGUACCCCUAUCCAAGCUGCAUUAUGAAGGUAGUCUCCGUAGUACUGGAAUGUGGUUUCCAAUGAUACAAGCCGCUGGACAACAGAGGAGGACGUUUGAGGCUUUUGAUCCGGCUUCUGAAAUGGUGCAAUUGUGUGACUCAAGACGUCUGUAUAGACGUUGAGUGACAUGAGUUUAUGUAAACAUGGUUGUGUGUAGAGCAUAUACAAAGGAAGUGUGUUCAGACAAUGGAGCAUUGUAUUAGGGUAUAUACAUCAUAGAAACACAUCUACUUAGUAACAUUACAUCCUUUUUUUCUCUUCUACUCAGUGUACUCCAGGACAUUAUCUUAUUAAGUAUAUUUUUAACUUAAUAAUUUUUUUAACUUAUCAGGACUUGCAAAGUUAUAAACUACAAAAUAGUACUUGUCCAUUUUGGGGAAGACUCUGAUUCUCAAAAUUUGAGUUGAGUUUCCUGACAAACCGAUUUGUUUCUCUGACUUGUAGGCCUACUGCUUAUCUACCUGUAACAACCGUACAAGAGAAGACAAGACAUUUUUGGGUCGGGCAGUUUGUUGUGAUGUCCACAAAAUAUGUUUACUUUGCCAUGACAAGUGCAUGCUUAAAGUAAAAUAAUUAUGAUUUUACUCAUUGUGUAUUUUGACCAAGUGAGAAGUCGGCUUUCUUCAAAGACUUGUGCAUCUGAAUGAUUUGAAAAUGCUUGUAAAAACAACUCCAAAGGUACAUGCACAGUUCCUGUGACAGCCGGGUGAUUGCUGAAGUUGGUUUGAGUUUGUUGGAAAUUAUUUUGUAAAUCAGUUUAGACCAUUUCACCUUGUGCUCAGUAAAGAUCGGAGAACUAACUUGCAUAUAAAUCAUGCCCCCAAUUUGCAUAUUGAUCAAGCGUCUGUUUUGCGAAAGUUUGCUAUAGACAAUGACGUCACUAGCUUCAUCAUUUGUCACACUGGUAGAAUCCAGAUUUCAAGCUGCUUCGAUUAAAUUCAACUUGUAUAAGUGACUUCAGCCAUGAAGUAGGAUCCCACCUCUGCAACCAAUUGAAGUAGGAUCCCACCUUUGCAACCAAUAGAAGUUGGAUCCCACCUCUGCAACCGUUAGAAGUAGGAUCCAUCCUCUGCAACCAAUAGAAGUAGGAUCCCACCUCUGCAACUGAUAGAUCCAGGAUUCCACCUCUGCAACCGAUAAUCUGCAGAAAUAUCCUUAGCCGGACUGCUAAUGGUAGCGAGGCUACAUACAGUCAUUGACUUCAAAGUUCUGGUAGCCAAUGGAACACCAAGUGUUGUCACUGUUCACUCAUGUUCAAUGAUAUCCCACAAUGUAAUGGUGAUUGAUGCAUAGUUCUAUCGCCAAGGCUUGCAUUACAACUGUGCGUAAAUUAUCAUUAAUUCCUAAAAGGGUUUCUCUGAAGUCCGAAACUGUUAUUUACAGUGAGGCUCAUCAAGAGCUUUGUUAUGAGAAGACCCUUUAAGAAAGACCAGGGCUCUACUUCUAAGAAUCAUCUUAAGAUGAGUUGUCAGUCCCAUAGUGAUUUGUAUUGUGACAUAACUUAGCAAUUAAGAUUGUCACACGGUUAAGAUCAAUCUUGUAAACUCUUGUGUGAAAUCGAGCCCAGUAAGGUCAUUGCAUUCCCUUAAAAAAUAAAAUAAUAAUAAUGGUUGAAGCCAGCAGUCUGAACGAUGUGGGGCAUGAUUUACAUUGGUAUUGUUCCACACUAUCUCACUCACCAAUACCACAUUUCAGCUGUUAACCUCCUAGGUCCAAUUUCAUAGAGCUGCUUUAACACAAAUAGCAGCUAAGCCCUUAAUAAUUAUGCAAACCCACCGGAAUACGGUUACCAGCCAAAAUAUCAUGUCACAUGUAAAAUUUGUGGCUGGGAUCGUGCUAAUUUCUGAUAAGCAGAAAAAUUGUUCAGCAAUGUUUUCUGCGCUUAAAGGAACGUUACAGA